AUGUCAUCUUAUAUGGCUGGUGUGUUUGAUUUAGAUUUAGAUGUGGAUGCAGUUCCCGUUGCAGAGUCUGAUGAAGAUGAUAUAAUUGAUGUUGAUGAGGUGGAUUACGAUCCUGAGCUCCAUGUACAUGCUAUAGUAGAGUCUGAAGGUUCUGAAACUAUUCAGCUGUCUGAAGAUAUUGUAAAUCCAGGUCAAUGUAAACGCUUAGGUCCUCAAGAUUUUGAACUACGUAAAGUUUUGGGGAAGGGUGGAUAUGGAAAAGUAUUCCAAGUUCGUAAAAUUACUGGGCCUGAUGCUGGUGCUCAUUUUGCGAUGAAAGUUCUUAAAAAGGCGUCCAUAGUACGCAAUCAAAAAGACACUGCACACACCAAAGCAGAAAGAAAUAUCCUAGAGGCUGUUAAGCAUCCGUUCAUAGUGGAAUUAGUAUAUGCUUUUCAAACAGGUGGCAAGUUGUACUUAAUUUUAGAAUACUUAAGUGGCGGCGAAUUAUUUAUGCAUCUUGAACGUGAAGGUAUAUUCCUGGAAGACACCGCAUGCUUCUAUUUAUCAGAAAUUAUAUUGGCGCUUGAGCAUUUACAUAGUCUUGGUAUAAUUUACCGUGAUCUGAAACCUGAGAAUGUCCUCUUGGAUGCCCAAGGUCAUGUAAAGCUUACAGAUUUUGGUCUGUGUAAGGAACAUAUUCAAGAGGGUAUAGUCACUCACACAUUCUGUGGGACAAUCGAGUACAUGGCACCCGAGAUAUUAACCAGAAGUGGUCAUGGUAAAGCGGUAGAUUGGUGGAGUCUUGGCGCUUUAAUGUAUGAUAUGCUUAUUGGACAGCCCCCAUUCACUGGUGAUAACCGUACAAAAACAAUAGAGAAAAUAUUAAAAGGCAAACUUAUGCUACCCGCCUAUCUUACGCAAGAUGCACGCGAUUUGAUAAGACGCCUUAUGAAACGAUCAGAAACUCAGCGCCUCGGAGCACAAGGGGCUGCGGCUGUACGCGGUCAUGCCUUCUUCAAACACGUUCAUUGGGAUGAUGUUUUUGCUAGAAGAUUGGAACCACCUAUAAAGCCCAGACUGACAAGUGAAGAUGAUGUUUCUCAAUUUGAUACAAGAUUCACUCUUCAAACACCUAUCGAUUCACCUGACGAGUCUACGUUAAGUGAAAGUGCUAAUCUAAUGUUUCAGGGCUUUACUUAUGUGGCGCCAUCUGUAAUGGACGAAAUCCAUAAACCACGAAUAAUCACUGCGCGCUCACCUCGACGUCCAAGACCCCAUCACCAUCAUUUCACCGUGCCGCCCGCCUCUAGUGCGCACACUUUCGCGCACGCUCCACAACAUGAAGACCUGAUGGAUGUGCAAGGUUUACCUAUAUAUGGAAAGUAG